AGCUGCUGAUCUGAUGGCUACUAACAAGAAAGUAAAUAGCUUUGACCAUAAACUGGAUGGGAUUGAGAAGCUACAGAUCGAUACAGCCAACCAGACGCAAACAAGAUUCGAUAGGAUAGAAGAAAUGCUCUGCAAAUUGUCCGGAUCCUCAGGUACCGCACCUGGUCAUCCCCCUUCCCGCCAACGCCUCAAUUUAAAUUCAACAGCGCAUCCCCUUGAAACAUCUACGACCAACUAUCAAUGGGCAGACCAGCAGCCUAUCGGCUCACCUUAUAACGCUGGAGUAACAUGGAACGAUGACUCAAUGGACCUCAUGAAUCCUGCCAAUGACCCUUAGACGAUCAAAAACACCUAACCCACACAAGAUUACGUGCAUUCAGUGGAAUGCCAGAGUCUUUUGCAAAAGCCAAACUAGAAGAAUUCCGACAUUAUCUUUCCUUAGUUAAACCUGAUAUUGUACUCUUAAGCGAAACGCACUGGAAGCCAUCAUUCAAUGUUAAGUUCCGGGCCUACCACAUCCUCAAGAAGGACCACCUCAACAGACAAGGGGGAGGAGUGGCGAUCCUAAUUCAUAAGCACCUAAGUUUUUCUCCACUGCACCUAACCCCCUCCGACACCAUAGAAGCCAUUGGUGUCAGCAUCAUGUCCCCCACCAUCUCCCUAACCGACUUUAUCUCUGCCUACGUUCCUAAAGGGGACUGCGAAGUGGCAGAUAUUGAAGAGCUGUUCAACAGACCCAACCCGAUGGUGAUAGCGGGCGAUUUCAAUGGCCACCACCCCAUGUGGGAAAGCGGGACACACACAAACAAAGCAGGCCGGUCUAUGUACGAGGCUCUACUAAACAGCCAAACCUUGUACCUCAUAACACCGUCGAACCUGGGGACUAGAUUUGACCCAUCAACCGGGAAACUAUCUACCAUCGAUCUCACAAUCACAUCCCCGGAUCUAGCCAUAGCAGCCUCGAUAAAAGUUGGCCCGUCUAUGGGAAGCGACCACCUACCCCUAACUAUCACCCUAAAUAGCACGCCUGCGCGCAACUCAGGACAACCAGAACGAUGGAUCAUAAACAACAAAAAGUGGGCAGAGUGGAAUAAAUCCUUACAGGAAUCACUGGAAGCGGACAACUUCAUCUCGGUAUCGGACCCGGCAGAGGCAGCAGAAAGAUUUACCAAGGCGAUGAAUGUGUCCAACCUCCUCCACUUCAAGAAACCCAAGCCAUUUACAGAGAAGCCUGGGGAACAAAGCCGGCCGUGGUGGGACGAAGAAUGCAACAGACUGGUAAAAAAUGCCCGUCAAGCUUUCAGAAGAUGGCGCAAAUCCCCCCUAUCGACCAACCUACGUGCGGAAUGGAGCAGAGCGGAAGCCAUUAAGAAAAAAUAUAUCAUCUCAACAAAAAAGAAAACCUGGGAGACAUUCCUGUCCAACCUUGGCCCCGAAGACCAACCAAGACUCUGGUCAUUUGUCAAAUGUAUGACAGGCAAAGGUACUAACAUCUCUGCAGACGGUACAGCCAUAAAUACGAUCGGCGGAGUCAUCAACUCUCCGAAAGAAAAAACCGAGGCUUUUCUGCUCCAAUUUGGCGACGCUUAUCCGGCGAACAUCCCGACUAAUACUGUAUUUGAAGAAUUCAUAAACGCUAGCAUAUCCUCGCCUACCCCCAAAAUCCUUAACGACCCCAUUACCCCGGAAGAAAUUGUCAGAUGCCUCCCCAAGUCGAAGAGCAAUGCUGUCGGAACAGACCUGGUCCACAAACUAAUGAUUAAGAACCUAACUGCCAAAAACCAAAUAUACCUUAAACACCUAUUCAAUACGCUCCUGAAAUCAGCCUUCGUCCCUCCCCAAUGGAAACAAUCCAUAGUAAUCCCUCUUCUAAAACCUGGGAAACCGGCAGAAGACCCUACUUCGUAUCGGCCGAUCUCGAUCACCUCCUGCCUAUGCAAAGCAAUGGAACGCCUCAUCGCAAAUCGCCUCCACUGGUUUCUCGAGACAAAAGGUUUGAUGAACAAAGAUCAAGCAGGUUUCAGAAGAGGAUGCAGCACCUACGACCACAUAAUCCAACUCGAGUCCGACAUCAAACGUAGCUUCAGCCAAAAGCAGUCAACGGUUGCAGCCUUCCUCGAUAUUUCGAAGGCGUAUGACUCGGUGUGGACCCAGGGACUUUUAUAUAAAACGGCCAAACUAGGCAUUACCGGCCCCGUGCUCGCCUGGCUUAAAGAGUUCCUGACGGAUCGGAGCAUGCGAGUCAGAGUUGGAGACCAACUGUCCCUCCCCAAAUCAGUGGAAAAUGGUGUACCGCAAGGAGCAGUUCUCAGCCCGCUAUUGUUCAACAUAAUGUUAACAGAUUUCCCCUCGAACCCGCUCCCGAUAAAAACCCUCCUAUAUGCUGACGACAUCACUAUAUACACACCCAGCCCACGGCCUUCUGAUGCGGAGGAUAUCCUUCAAGCCGCCCUAAACAGGAUCUUCAGCUGGAGCAGGAAAUGGAAGUUUGCCCCGGACAAAUCGGCCAUUGUGGCCUUCACUAGAUCCUACAAGCCAGGCGCUGACCCAUUGCUCUUCCUUAACGGCCACCGCAUCCGCUCGCAUCCGAACUUCAAGUUCCUAGGGGUAUGGUUCGACCAGAAACUACUAUGGAAGACCCAUAUUGAACACGUUCAUAAACAGUGCCUUAACCUCAAAAGGUUGUUCACCGUUGUGGCCAAUGCAAGAUAUGGGCCACCAGUGGACACGCUAACCCUUCUAUACAAAAGCCUGGUCCGCAGCAAAUCUGACUAUGGCCUCAUAGCGUAUGGUAACGCAAGUAAGUCUAAUCUAGAAAAAAUCAACGUGGUCAGCAGGGCGAUCAUCAGAACCAUACUAGGCUCAAAACUGUCCACCCCGAAGGAAGUGCUCUACGCGGAAUCUGGCACCGAAUCACUGGCCGAGAGGAGGGACUGGCUGUCCAGCAAAUAUGUUCUGAACCUCGGGCACAAGCCCCAUAACCCUAUGUAUACAGCAGCAAAAAUCGAGUACCAUUACACCGGGAUCUACCCCUAG